AUGUCCGAUAUCAAGGGAGGAAAGCGUUCAAGCGCCGACGCCGACGAAUCCACGCGAAAGAAGGCCAAGAAGGACGGCGAGGACGAGAAAUACAACCCCUACCUUGCUCACAUGUACGACAACGAUAACAGCAAUGACAAUGGCAAUGGCAAUGGCGCAGAGCCUUCGCCGGACUCUCCUCUCGCUGGUAUGAAGAGGCAGCAUACUACCGCUGCCCAGGCUUCAAAGGCUGAGGACUCUGAGUCGAACCCUUUCACCGGCCGGCCUCAUUCGCAAAAGUACUUCCAGAUUCUCCAGGGCCGUCGCGAUCUGCCUGUCCACAAGCAACGACAAGAGUUUUUGGACAAGUACCACUCAACGCAGAUUCUCGUCUUUGUUGGUGAGACAGGUUCUGGAAAGACUACUCAAAUUCCUCAGUAUGUCGUCUACGACGAGCUACCUCAUCUUACCGGCAAGCUUAUCGCCUGUACGCAGCCACGUCGAGUCGCCGCCAUGUCUGUCGCGCAGCGUGUCGCCGACGAGAUGGACGUCACCCUGGGCGAGGAAGUUGGUUACAGCAUUCGUUUCGAGGACAUGACAGGUCCUCAGACUAUGCUCAAGUACAUGACUGAUGGUAUGCUUCUGCGUGAGGCCAUGCACGACCAUGAGAUGUCUCGCUACAGUUGUAUUAUUCUCGAUGAGGCUCACGAACGUACUCUCGCGACCGAUAUUCUCAUGGCUCUUCUCAAGCAGAUUUCUAUGCGCCGCCCCGACCUCAAGAUCAUCAUCAUGUCUGCUACACUCGAUGCGCAAAAGUUCCAAAAGUAUUUCAACGAUGCGCCCCUGCUCGCUGUCCCCGGUCGAACACAUCCUGUCGAGAUCUUCUACACCCCCGAGCCUGAGCGCGAUUACGUCGAGGCCGCCAUAAGAACCGUUCUCCAGAUUCACGCUUCAGAGCCUGAGGGUGAUAUUUUGCUUUUCCUUACUGGUGAAGAUGAGAUUGAGGACGCUUGUCGCAAGAUCAGUCUCGAGGCUGACGAGCUGAUGCGCGAGGUCGACGCUGGUCCUCUAGCCGUUUACCCUCUGUACGGUACCCUGCCUCCCCACCAGCAACAGCGCAUCUUCGACAAGGCCCCUGCGCCUCUUCGCAAGGGCGGCCGUCCUGGUCGCAAGGUCAUUAUUUCUACCAAUAUUGCCGAAACUAGUUUGACUAUCGACGGCAUCGUCUAUGUCGUGGAUCCUGGGUUUAGUAAACAGAAGAUCUACAACCCUCGUAUCCGUGUCGAGUCUCUCCUUGUCUCGCCCAUCUCCAAGGCUUCAGCCCAGCAGCGUGCUGGUCGUGCUGGUCGUACCAAGCCCGGAAAGUGUUUCCGUCUGUAUACCGAGAAGGCCUUCAAGAAGGAGCUUAUUGAGCAAACAUAUCCCGAGAUCCUGCGCUCCAACCUUGCCAACACCGUUCUGGAGCUCAAGAAGCUCGGUGUGGAGGAUCUUGUCCACUUCGAUCUUAUGGACCCCCCUGCUCCCGAGACGAUGAUGCGCGCCCUUGAGGAGCUUAACUAUCUUGCCUGUCUUGACGACGAUGGUGAGCUUACCACUCUCGGCAGCAUGGCCUCUGCAUUCCCCCUUGAUCCGGCUCUGGCGGUCAUGCUUAUCUCGUCUCCUGAGUUUUACUGCUCGAACGAGAUUCUCUCUAUUACCUCGCUUCUCUCGGUUCCACAAAUCUUUACUCGCCCUGCCAACAACCGAAAGCGCGCCGAUGAGAUGAAGGCUCAAUUUGCGCAUCCUGAUGGUGACCACCUCACCCUGCUCAACGCCUACCACGCAUUCAAGGGCCAGGCAACAUCCGAUCCCAACAGUGCAAAGCAGUGGUGCCAUGAGCACUUCCUCUCCUUCCGACAUCUCUCCAGUGCGGAUAACGUCCGCGCUCAGCUCAAGCGCAUCAUGGAGACGCAUGGCUUGGAGCUUGUGUCGACACCAUUUGAGGACAAGAAUUACUAUACCAACAUUCGACGCGCACUGCUCGCCGGUUUCUUCAUGCAGGUCGCCAUGAAGGAGAGCUCUGGCAAGCUCUAUCGCACUGUCAAGGACGAUCAGGCUGUGUUGAUUCACCCCUCAACUGUCCUCCGUACCGAGUUCGACUGGGUCCUCUACAAUGAGUUUGUCUUAACGUCCAAGCAAUACAUUCGAACAUGUACGGGUAUCCGACCUGAGUGGUUAUUGGAAAUUGCCCCUACAUACUACGAUAUCGACAGCUUUGAGCAAGGUGACGUCAAGCGUUCUCUUGCACGUGCUGCAGAGAAGAAGCGCCGCAAGGAAGCCAUGAAGGCUGGUCGAUGA